AAUCAAUACCGACUGUUACAUACGAGGACAUUCGGGGAGUUAAGUCUACGUUUGUUGCCCCCGAUGUUGACUGACACCAUUUAAAGGUGUGUGUGUGUGUGGUGGCUCCCCUCACACAAGUACCAUUAAAAGGUGUGUGUGUGUGGUAGCACACAAUGCUGUACAAGACGUGCGUCACUAGGUGGCAGAUUUGGAGAAGAUACUUCGUCAUCAUUGGAGGAAUAUUUAUUUACCUCCCUAUCGGAGUUCCUUGGUAUUUUGGUAACUUGGCCACCUACAUCAACUCCUACUACCACUCCAACUUGCCCACCGACCAUGACGUCGUGGACCCCCAGUGGAUUUUCUCCGCCUUCUUCAUCACUUUCUCCCUGGCCAUCAUCGUCUCGGGCUACCUCAGCAACAAGUACGGCCCGAGGCUCAUCGUCCUCUCCGCUAUGAUCAUCCACAGCACCGCCACCUUCUGUAGCUUCCUGGCCAUCCAGCACUCAAUGGUUGCCCUGAUCCUGACGUUUGGAGCUGUGGGCGGGCUGGGCGCCGGACUGGCGUACGGACCUCCACUUCCUGUCGUCAUUAAGUGGAUGCCACGCCGAGUGGGUCUGGCUAGUGGUGCCCUAAUGACUGGCUUUGGAGGUGGGGCUGUGUUUUACAAUGAGCUGGUCACUUUCUUCAUCAAUCCUGACAACCUCAAGCCUGACGUCAAGGGGGAACACACAACCUACUUCAGUCAGCCCAAAAUCCUGGCCAAGAUCCCCGUCCUAUUUCUGCUGCUCGGCGCCCUGACCGUCGCCCUACAGACCGUGGGGAUUCUGCUCCUGCGGCUACCCCAGGAGGGAGAUGAGAUUGAAGCUGUAGAAAUGCAAGAAGUCAUGCCGAUAGUGCCAGACAAGAUGGCCCCCAACAAGAUGGCCCCCGACAAGAUGGCCCCUGAACCCAGCACUCAGACGUCAUCUAUUAGAGAAGCAAAUGGUGAGCAGACGACGAGGGAGAGGUCGGAGGUCAAAGUGGAGGAGGUCAGCAACAAGACACCCCUAGAGGUGCUGAAGACUUUGGACUUUUACAUUUUGUGGCUGGCGCUGGCCUUCAACCACUACGGUUACAUCAUCAAGAACAACUAUUACAAGGAGUUCGGGCAGCUGGUCAUAGACAACGAUCACUUCCUGACGACCACAGGGACGGUGGCCACGGUGGGCGUGUCACUGGCCCGCCUGGCCUGGGGUGUCACCACGGACUGGCUUGGAGUCAAGCUGACCCUGCUGGUGUUCACCACCUGUACGACAGUGGUCACCGUGUUCUGGUACUUCACCUUGUUCGUUAGCCCCGGCCUGUACAUGUUCUGGGUCAUCGCGGUCUCAGCCGUCUUUACCGGCGCCUUCAUCCUCUUCCCCCUGGCCGCCCUCAGGUGUUUUGGUGAGCAACACUACGCCACCAACUAUGGGCUCAUCCUGUCUGCUCAGAUUGUGCUCAACCUGGUCUCCCCACCAAUCAUCAAACUUCUCCUGGUCAACUUCGGCUGGUUUUGGCUGUUUUUUAGCAUUGCCUUUGUCAAUUUUCUGGGCACGUUGGCGCUGCUGUUCCUACAUGAUCCCAGCUGAUGACGUCAGAACAUGCAAGAGAUACACGGAUAUUUUCUGGGACUCACUAAAUUAUUACAAAAUAAUAAACACUUCAUUAUAUCGUGUCAACGUUUGAUGUAAAUCAUAUGCAUUUAUUUAUGCAUAUAGAUGUAUAUAUUUAUAUGUAUAUACUUGUAUAUAUAUCUUUAUAUUUAUAAAUUCAAACUAUAUAUUUAUAAAUACAUUUGUAAAUAUAUAUAUAUAUAUAUAUAUAUAUAUAUAUAUAUAUAUAUAUAUAUAUAUAUAUAUAUAUAAGAAAUUAAUAGAAUGUAUUUUUAUAAUUCUAACUAUAAAUUUCUAAAACUCAGCAAUGUUUACAAGUUUGUAAAUAUAUUUAUUUGUCAGAAUGAAGAGGUCAUAAAAUCUGCAAUAUGUGUAGAGCUUUAAAUACUGCGUGCUUAUGUAGAGAAAAAUUAUUUUGUUUUAAAAUGAAUGUAUAUAUAAAGCAAUUUUUAUUUACAGAUGGUAAUAAAUUUGCAAGAAAUAUUCAUUUAUAAAAACAUGCAUGAGUAGAAAUUUAAUUUUUUUUUUUUAAAAAUGACGUCUAUAGAGAUCUAAACAUAAUGUUGCGGAUUUAUAAGUUUGAUGCAUUGUAAAGAUUUAUUUUCUGUCAGCUUGAGCUCUAAUGAUAUGUCUGUUUAUUUCUAUUGGAUUCCUACAAUUGUAUCCAUUUUCAACACCAAACGCUUGACAUAUUUUCUGAUUAGAGAAUAUGAGUUUAUUUACUGAUCAACUAGAAUUUAGAAGUUAGAUUGUUCUGGUCGAAGAAAAAGUAAGGAAAAUCAAUAUAGGUCUAGCUAUUCUAAGACAAACCAUUAUAAAAAACACAAUGAAUAAUUGAGUCAUUUGGCUGAAAUAAUUUAGGGCAUACGUCUUUCAUAAAAAUGUUUUUAUCUUAGCAAUGGAAUGGGUUAAAAAUUAAUAAUUGACCACAGUUCACAGUGAAAUACUCAAUGCAUGCCAAUCGGCUAAUUUAAUCCCAU